CUAGGCUCUAGGCAAAGCUAGAAGCGCCUCAACUCUUUUAGGUUUGGCUUCUGAAGUUCUCAUGUUUUUUUUGGUCUCAUGUCAUUGUGGAUGAAGUAAUCUUCGCACGAACGCACCAUUCACCGUGCCAGGAUUUGUGCGGUUUGGUGCAAUGUACUAAUGAGGACAUUUUGGACCUUUUGACCAUCUUUUAGGGACAGCAGUUUGGAACUACUUUCCAGGGCCAAAGGACCUAAGGCAGAAUGUGUCAGCAGGAAGACUGAAGUCACUAACAGGGAGACAACAAACAUCACUCUGUCUGCAUAAGAAGGACCACAACUUAACCCACUGAUUGUGUCUAUUCAGUGUGAAGAGAAAGAUAGCUCCAAAACACAGCUUUAAAAAAAAAAAAUCUGUCACCCACACAGCAUUUCGCUAACCUUGAUCAGUUCUAACAUUUUCCACCAAGGCCUGGGGUUUUAAGGACAUUUCCUCCACAGCAAAAUCUGUUGAGUUGGUGAAGGAAACAUCUGAGACACGGGGCAAGAAAAGAACAGUAAACGGUCAUCUCGUUCACUUGUUCACGCUUAAGCACCAAAUGCAGAAACAGUGCCUCAAAAAGCUGACCCAAGCUUGGCGAGUACAGCUAGGAAACCAAGUUUUGCUUCUCUACAGAUGCCAGGAAAAGGCCUGGCACUCACUGGUGGAUGACAGCUUCUAAAGAACAGGCAUAUGUGCCUACACUAUGCAGACUUUGGGACCAAGAUGAAGACUCAAGCAUCGGUGUGGGUGUGAGAGCGCACGCACAUACACAGACACACACCUCAUACAACAUUGCUGAGUCUUUUGCCUAGUCAUUGCUUACAGAAACUGUUUAACCUGGGACAAAUGGCUCAGAGUGAGUCUAGGCAAUUCCUGGUCUGGUUUCAUUGUGAGCUAAGAAUUAAUUCUUUAUUUUACAUCUUUUCAAAAGGUGCUGAGGGCCAGCCGCCAUCAGCUUGAGGGGGUGAAUCCGGCAAAUGACAUGAAGGUUCUUCACGGCAGAAUCACUGCAGGGAAGCUUCAAAGGACUCCAUCUGCAGAUGUUCUGAAAAUCUCUGAGUCUAGAAAUUGAUUAUUCAACCAGGAUACCUAACUCAAGAAACUCUGAAGACUGAGGCAUUUUGUCAGCUUCGCAACAUUGGACCAAGUACCAUGAAGUAUUCUUGCUGGGCUCUGCUGCUGACCCUGCUGGGCACAGAACUGCUGGGGAGCCUGGGUUCCACUGUGCGGUCCCAGAGGUUCCGAGGAAGGGUGCAGCAGGAGCGGAAGAACAUCCGGCCCAACAUUAUCCUUGUGCUCACGGAUGACCAGGACGUGGAACUGGGCUCCCUGCAAGUCAUGAACAAAACGAGAAAGAUCAUGGAGCAUGGCGGAGCCACCUUCACCAAUGCCUUUGUGACCACGCCCAUGUGCUGCCCAUCGAGGUCAUCCAUGCUCACCGGGAAGUACGUGCACAAUCACAACGUCUACACCAACAAUGAGAACUGCUCCUCCCCCUCGUGGCAGGCAAUGCAUGAGCCCCGGACCUUCGCUGUUUAUCUCAACAACACUGGCUACAGAACAGCCUUUUUUGGAAAAUACCUCAAUGAAUAUAAUGGCAGCUACAUCCCUCCUGGGUGGCGAGAGUGGCUUGGAUUAAUCAAGAAUUCUCGUUUCUAUAAUUACACUGUUUGUCGAAACGGCAUCAAAGAAAAGCACGGAUUUGAUUAUGCAAAGGAUUACUUCACAGACUUAAUCACUAACGAGAGCAUUAAUUACUUCAAAAUGUCUAAGAGAAUGUAUCCCCAUAGGCCCAUUAUGAUGGUGAUCAGCCACGCAGCGCCCCACGGCCCUGAAGACUCCGCCCCACAGUUUUCAAAACUGUACCCCAAUGCCUCCCAACACAUAACUCCAAGCUACAACUAUGCGCCGAACAUGGACAAACACUGGAUCAUGCAGUACACAGGGCCCAUGCUGCCCAUUCACAUGGAGUUCACUAACAUCCUUCAGCGCAAGCGACUGCAGACGCUGAUGUCGGUGGACGACUCCGUGGAGAGGCUGUACAACAUGCUUGUGGAGACAGGGGAACUGGACAACACUUACAUCAUCUACACUGCCGACCAUGGGUACCACAUUGGACAGUUUGGGCUGGUCAAGGGCAAAUCCAUGCCUUAUGACUUUGACAUCCGCGUGCCUUUUUUCAUUCGUGGCCCAAGCAUAGAACCGGGGUCGAUAGUCCCUCAGAUCGUUCUGAACAUCGAUCUAGCCCCUACCAUCCUGGAUAUCGCUGGGCUGGAUACUCCUCCUGAUGUGGAUGGCAAGUCCGUCCUCAAACUUCUAGACCCGGAAAAGCCAGGUAACAGGUUUCGAACAAACAAGAAGGCCAAAAUUUGGCGUGAUACAUUCCUAGUGGAAAGAGGGAAAUUUUUACGAAAGAAGGAGGAAUCCAGCAAGAAUGUCCAGCAGUCAAACCACUUGCCCAAAUAUGAGAGGGUCAAGGAACUGUGCCAGCAGGCCAGAUACCAGACAGCCUGUGAGCAGCCUGGGCAGAACUGGCAGUGUAUCGAGGACACCUCCGGCAAGCUCCGCAUCCACAAGUGCAAGGGACCCAGCGAGCUGCUCCCCGUCCGUCAGGGCGCGCGCAACCUCUACUCCCGUGGCCUGCAGGACCGAGACAAGGAAUGCCAUUGUAGGGAGUCCGGUUACCGGCCCAGCAGAAGCCAGAGAAAGAACCAAAGGCCCUUCCUGAGGAACCAGGGGACGCCAAAGUAUAAGCCCCGGUUUGUGCACACGCGGCAGACCCGGUCCCUGUCCGUCGAAUUCGAAGGAGAAAUAUACGACAUAAAUCUAGAAGAGGAAGAACUGCAAGUGCUACCACCGAGGAGCAUCGCCAAGCGCCAUGACGAGGGCCGCCAGGGGCUGGGAGGCCACCAGGCCACCGCAGCCGGUGACAGCAGGCGUGAGAUGCUGGCAGACAGCAGCAACGCUGUGGGGCCACCCGCCACCGUCCGAGUGACACACAAAUGCUUUAUUCUUCCAAAUGAUACAAUCCACUGUGAGAGAGAGCUGUACCAGUCAGCCAGAGCUUGGAAGGACCACAAGGCCUACAUCGAUAAAGAGAUUGAAGUUCUGCAAGAUAAAAUUAAGAAUUUAAGAGAAGUGAGAGGACACCUAAAGAAAAGGAAGCCGGAGGAGUGUAGCUGUGGGAAGCAGAGCUAUUACAACAAAGAGAAAGGCGUAAAACGGCAGGAGAAGCUGAAGAGCCAUCUUCACCCCUUCAAGGAGGCUGCUGCUCAGGAGGUGGACAGCAAGCUGCAGCUCUUCAAGGAGAACAGGAGGAGGAAGAAGGAGAGGAAGGAGAAGAGACGCCAGAGGAAGGGGGAGGAGUGCAGCCUGCCUGGCCUCACCUGCUUCACCCACGACAACAACCACUGGCAGACCGCACCGUUCUGGAACCUGGGAUCUUUCUGUGCGUGCACGAGUUCUAACAAUAACACCUACUGGUGUUUGCGCACCGUCAAUGAGACGCACAACUUUCUUUUUUGUGAGUUCGCCACCGGCUUUCUGGAAUAUUUUGACAUGAACACGGAUCCUUAUCAGCUCACAAAUACUGUGCACACAGUAGAACGGGGCAUUUUAAAUCAGCUACACAUACAGCUGAUGGAGCUCCGAAGCUGUCAAGGAUAUAAGCAGUGCAACCCAAGACCCAAGAGCCUUGACCUUGAGGACAGUUAUGGGAUGGAUGGGAAGGUUAGUCGGUCCAGUGUUGCUCCAGACACCGACUGGCAAGGCCUGGAGGAGUUGUCCGGUGUGAGCGACCGCAUGGAUGAGGACAGACAUAACCCUAGACUGAGUCUGGAGGAGUGGGCUAAUGACCUGACAGCUGUGCAUAGAGAGUUUGCGCUGCUGAGCAGGCACUCUGAGCGAAACAAAGCAAACGGGACUCCAGCUGCUCAGAGAGGUAGCUUCCCAGUCACCUCUGCUGAGCUCUUGGUGCCAGCAGGGAUGGCCUCUGCAGAGUCAGGCGAAGACCCGAGUCAUGUGGUUGGGGAAACACCUCCUUUGACCUUGCCAGCCAGCCUCCAAACCCUGCAUUUGAACAGACCAACACUAAGUCCAGAGAGAAAACUUGAAUGGAAUAACGACAUUCCAGAAGUGAAUCAUUUGAAUUCUGAACACUGGAGAAAGAGUAAAACUGAAGAACAGACAGGAUGGGAGGAGACCCAUCACCUUGAAGACAACAUCAGUGGCAAUGGGAUGACAGAGCUGGUGCUCCAGCCUACCAGCCAGCAGCAACGAAAAUAUCCCCAGGAUGUGGAGCCUGAAGAGGAUGCUUUUGAAGAUCAGUUGCAUCCUCUCGUUCAUUCUGACAGGACUUCCGUUCAUCAGGUGUCUGAUGUGCGCAGUGAGGAGCAGCCUCUUCAUUCCAGCCACACACAGAAAAUGGAGAAGAAUGGCCCAAAGGAGUGGGCACCAAAUCUAGAGGGCAGUGCCUCCUCUCCGCUCACCUCCGCUUAGAUCAAAGGUUGCUUAAGCAUGAUAUUUCUUCCUAUGUUUUGAUUAGCAAACUAGUGGUGGCAGUCGUAGGUUCCCAGCAUUCUGAGCAUCCCUGGGUACCUUGGCACAGUAGAAAUCACUGUGCACAAGCGCGGGUGCUGCUCCCGCAGUGACGGACUCAUUGUAAUUCACUAUUUCACCAAGAAGAUGGGGGAAGGGAGGGGGCAUUUCUGUUUUGUUGCUUUGGUUUUUUGUUUUUUUUUUUGGUACUAAAACAGUAUUAUCUUCUGAAUAUUGUAGAAACAUGCGUAUCUAAAGUCUAUCCAGUCAAAAUGGCUAGAAUUGUGCCUUUGUAAGUUUUAAAAGCUUGACGCCCUUGGUGGCUCUGUCAACACAUCUCCCUGCCUGCAUAACAAAGUUGGGAUUCAUUUCUAACCACUGGAAUUUUUCAGUAUCAUCAUCAAUGAUUUUGCACUUUGAGUUUGGAAUAUGUAUCUGCUUGGUUGAUAGUGUUAUUAUUAAAAGAAAAAAAAAGGCUUAUCAGAAUCACACUGUUUGUCCUAGGCGGGACAAAAGAAUAGCUCUCCAGUGAUGACACACAGUAUGGAUCCCAUAUUGUUUAAUGUAUGCUUUUUCCAGAAAACACUGCAUGUAUUUUACCUUGACGUGCUAAAAUCGAUUAGCAGAAAGGCAUGGCUCACAAUGUUGGUGGUAAAAAAAUAAAUAAUGAGUGAAAAGCAAUAAACAAAACAAAAAUUACCUGCUUUCUUUGUGCUUACUAAAUGCUAACACUGCUAAAAUUUUAUUACCUUCUUGAAAGAAAGAAAAGGACAAAGCCUAUUUUAUUUUAACCUUCAUCUUUUUUUCUUCUUCUUUUGGUUAAUAAGCUUAAGCAUUGAGAAAAUAUGUGUAGUUUGGGCUUUCUAUAAGACAAUUUUAAUAAACUAAAAUCACGAAUGCUGUAAAAUUUAAAUGUACCAGAAUGGAGAUUAACUUCAUAAACGUUGUAUUAUUUGAUUGUUUUUAAAACUAUCACCAAGCUCUGAUUUUUCUAAAAGACAUCGUUCAAAACUGCUUUUGAAAAUCUGUAUUCUUGAUAUAACCCUGUUUCUAUUGGACUUUUGGAGACCAGUUGAAGGAUUACCUCAUUGAGAACGUUCAGUGUCCUCUUCAGUUUCGCAAGAUCUUGUUGUUGUUGAUAUUGUUCUUUAGCUCAACAGUGGCUUUUCUUCCUAAUUUUAGGGAAUUCAAACAUAUAGAUAAGUUAUAUUUUUCUUUAAGUGUUUAAAGUGAACACUUUUCAAGAAAAUUCAAUGUGGUAUAGUUGAAUCCUCAGUAAUUUUAAGUCUUUAUCAUAGAGUCUGUACAUAUGUUAAACCUAACUAGCUCUUUAUCAGAUGUGGGUGCCAUCUUCUGAAUGACAGAAUAAACAUAUUUAUGGUCUAGAAUGAUGAACUUUGUAAAGAGAUUUCAAGGUAUUAGGAAGCAUACUGUGUUUUUUUUUUUUAAUCCUAUGUAAUACUCUGUGAUACUUUUAUAGAACAAUUCUGACUUCAGGAAAGUCUAGAAGCAACAUUUCUUGAAAUAAAAGGUGUUGAAACUUUU